AUGUCCGAAAUUAACGAACAACGUGUGUGCAUCAAAUUUUGUUUGAAACUUGGUAAAAAUGCAACUGAAACGUACACAAUGAUUAAAACUGCUUUUGGAGACGAUUCUUUAAGUUGCUCCGUUACUUUCGAGUGGUUUAAACGUUUCAAGGAUGGUCAACAGUCAAUUAACGAUCCACGUUCUGGAAGACCGUCGACAUCUAGAAACGAUUAUGUUGUGGCGAACAUUUACAAAAAAGUGCGAAAUGACCGCAGAUUAACUGUUCGCGAGUUAGCAAAUGAAGCAGGAAUUUCAAUUGGAUCUUGUCAUAAAAUUUUAACGGAAAAUUUACAGAUGAGAAGGGUAGCUGCUAAAUUCGUUCCGCGGUUGUUGACAUCGGAACAAAAGGAAAACCGUUUGACGAUUUGUCAAGACCUUAAAACUCGAUCUGUUGAUAUAAAUUUCAUAAAAAACAUCAUCACAGGGGACGAGACAUGGGUUUAUGGGUACGAUCCGGAAACAAAGUUACAGUCAUCUCAGUGGAAAACAAAAUUUUCCCCUCAACCAAAAAAAGCUCGCUAA